GUGAUCACUGGCUACGGUACCUUACUUCUUUCUCUGCACACAGAGGGGAGAGGAAGUGAGAGAACAAAAAAUCAACCACAAUGCAGAAAGUGUGCAUCAAAAGUUUGGUGGAAAACGGCAGCCUCGAUAGCCGCCGCUACUACCUCGCGCGGCGGACCGUCAUCGAAAUGCUGAGCGACCGAGGCUACCAAGUCCCCGGCAUGGACGCACAGCUCCGCUGCUCUCUCGCCGACUUCCGCGCCGAGUUCGGCGACCAUCCGGAGGCCGACCGCCUUCGCAUCACCGCUCACCGUGCCUCCAAUCCUUCACGGAAGAUUCUGGUCAUUUUCUGUGAAGGUUUUCAGAUGAGAAAACAAAAUGCUGUUGGUAUACUGAGUCAGAUUGCAGACAAAGAAAUGCUGGACAAGGUGAUACUAGUCGUGCAAAGCAAGAUGAAUUCCCAUGCUCAAAAGGUUUUGGAUGAGUAUUCGGUUAAAGUGGAGACGUUUCUGAUUGCUGAUUUGUUGGUUAAUAUCUCAAAGCAUUUUCUGGAGCCGAAAUAUGAGAUUCUGUCUCCUGGGGAGAAGGAUACGCUUCUGAAGAAACAUGCGAUUGAAGACAAUGGUUAUUUCAUACAUGAGUAUAAAACAAAAUCAGACAACAGAUUUCAAAUUGUUUUCUUGCGCUUGAUUAUCAUUGAAAUUUAUGAGCGACGAGGCAUGCUUUGAAUGUAUAGUGACACUAUGCUGUUGGCUGAAGCGAGUUUCGGAUUAUCUCCAUAUGCAUCAUGUUUGCACACAAAGAAAUGGCUACAAUAUUUAUUUGCAUAGCGAGUUUAUAUAAUGAGUUGACAAGAAUAAAUGUUUUGAUGAAUGUGAUACUGAAUAUGUAAGUUAUCUUGGAGGGGUAACUGGUUGGUUGAAAUUGGCAGCUUCCUAUGAUGCUUGAAAGCGAUGCAAUUGCAAGGUACUAUGGAUUCGAGAAAGGGCAGGUGGUGAAGGUGUGUUACUCCUGUGGCAUUCCUCAUUCUCUCGUGUCUUAUCGCUGCGUCAUCUAAUCUCAACCUAGAAGAAAAUAUCGCAUUCUGCAGUUGUUUUAAGAUAUUCUAGCUGCAAACUAAUACCAUAAGUCUAUACGUAGAUGGUUUUUGAUGAUGCUGUGGCUCUUUUGAAGUGUAUAAUUAUUGACAACUUUCUGUUUUGGGCUUCCGCCACACGUUCACGCUGCUCUUAUUUAUGUUUUAACUAAGC